CGCGGCUCCGCUCCGGCGCGGCUCCGCUCCGGCCCGACUCCUGCCGCGCCUCGGCCGCCGCCCGCGCUCCCCGCUCCUGGCGGAGGUAGCAGGCGGCGGGGGGGCCAUGGCUGACGUCUUCUCGGCCAACGACUCGGCGGCGCCUCAGGACGUGGCCAACCGCUUCGCUCGCAAAGGGGCGCUGAGACAGAAGAACGUGCACGAGGUGAAGGACCACCGCUUCAUCGCCCGCUUCUUCAAGCAGCCCACCUUCUGCAGCCACUGCACCGACUUUAUCUGGGGGUUUGGGAAACAAGGCUUCCAGUGCCAAGUUUGCUGUUUUGUGGUUCACAAGAGGUGCCAUGAAUUUGUUACUUUUUCUUGUCCGGGUGCGGAUAAAGGACCUGACACUGAUGACCCCAGAAGCAAGCACAAAUUCAAGAUCCACACCUACGGAAGCCCCACCUUCUGCGAUCACUGUGGGUCGCUGCUGUACGGACUCAUCCAUCAGGGGAUGAAGUGUGACACCUGUGAUAUGAACGUGCACAAGCAGUGCGUGAUAAACGUCCCCAGCCUCUGUGGGAUGGACCACACGGAGAAGAGAGGCCGGAUCUACCUGAAGGCCGAGGUCACCGAGGAAAAGCUCCACGUCACAGUACGAGAUGCAAAAAAUCUCAUCCCUAUGGAUCCAAAUGGGCUUUCAGAUCCUUAUGUGAAGCUGAAGCUUAUUCCUGACCCCAAGAACGAAAGCAAACAAAAAACCAAAACCAUCCGUUCCACGCUGAACCCCCAGUGGAAUGAGUCCUUUACCUUCAAAUUAAAACCUUCAGAUAAAGACCGACGACUGUCCGUAGAGAUCUGGGACUGGGAUCGAACAACCAGGAACGACUUCAUGGGGUCCCUUUCCUUCGGAGUCUCGGAGCUGAUGAAGAUGCCAGCCAGUGGAUGGUACAAGUUGCUGAACCAAGAGGAGGGUGAGUACUACAACGUGCCCAUUCCAGAAGGCGAUGAGGAAGGCAACGCGGAGCUGAGGCAGAAGUUCGAGAAAGCCAAGCUCGGCCCUGCUGGCAACAAAGUCAUUAGUCCUGAGGACAGGAGGCAGCCUUCCAACAACCUCGACAGAGUGAAACUCACUGACUUCAACUUCCUCAUGGUGCUGGGCAAGGGCAGCUUCGGGAAGGUGAUGCUGGCGGACAGGAAGGGGACGGAGGAGCUGUACGCCGUCAAGAUACUGAAAAAGGACGUGGUGAUCCAGGACGACGACGUGGAGUGCACCCUGGUGGAGAAGCGGGUGCUGGCCCUUCCGGACAAGCCCCCGUUCCUGACGCAGCUGCAUUCCUGCUUCCAGACGGUGGAUCGGCUGUACUUUGUCAUGGAAUACGUCAAUGGCGGGGACCUCAUGUACCACAUCCAGCAAGUAGGAAAAUUUAAGGAACCGCAAGCAGUGUUCUACGCAGCAGAGAUUUCCAUCGGGUUGUUCUUUCUUCAUAAAAGAGGAAUCAUUUAUAGAGACCUGAAGUUAGAUAACGUCAUGCUGGAUUCGGAAGGACAUAUCAAGAUUGCGGACUUUGGGAUGUGUAAGGAGCACAUGAUGGACGGGGUCACGACCAGGACCUUCUGUGGGACCCCGGAUUACAUCGCCCCGGAGAUAAUCGCUUAUCAGCCGUAUGGGAAAUCCGUGGACUGGUGGGCCUACGGCGUCCUGUUAUAUGAAAUGCUGGCCGGGCAGCCUCCGUUUGACGGCGAGGAUGAAGACGAGCUGUUUCAGUCCAUCAUGGAGCACAACGUCUCGUACCCGAAGUCCUUGUCCAGGGAGGCUGUCUCCAUCUGCAAAGGGCUGAUGACCAAACACCCCGGCAAGCGGCUGGGCUGCGGGCCCGAGGGAGAGCGGGACGUGCGGGAACAUACCUUCUUCCGGAGGAUCGACUGGGAGAAGCUGGAGAACAGGGAGGUCCAGCCGCCCUUCAAGCCCAAAGUGACUUCCUGCACCGAAAUGCACUGUGCAGAGGCUGUGAGCCGACCGACCUGUGGCAAAGGGGCAGAAAACUUCGACAAGUUCUUCACGCGAGGGCAGCCUGUCUUGACGCCACCCGAUCAGCUGGUCAUCGCUAACAUCGACCAGUCUGACUUUGAAGGGUUCUCAUAUGUCAACCCCCAGUUCGUGCACCCCAUCCUGCAGAGCACAGUAUGA